AUGGCUGUCCCGAUUCGAUACGCCACUGCGCUGUACGACUAUGUCGCCAAAAACUCGGAGGAGCUGACGUUUGUCAAGGGCGACCGGCUCAAGCUGCUCGAGAACGACGCCAAGCUCGACUCGAAGAACUGGUGGAAGGUCGAGAAGGACAACGGUAACAGCGGAUUUGUGCCCCGUAACUACCUUCAGCUGCUAAAAGACAAGAAUGCCCCCAAGGAGAAGAAGCCGUCCGUGCUGGACCGGUUGCGAUCGGGCAAGAAGGACUCGAUGCCCGUGAUUGCUGCCGCCCCAUCGCACUCGGAUCAGCUGGCGGUCGAGUCCAUGAAGGUUUUGUGCCAGGCCCGUGUCAAGUUCCAGUACCAGGCCACACGCGAUGACGAGUUGUCGCUGAACAAGGGUGAAAUUGUCGACGUGCUCACAAAGGAGGACGACGGCUGGUGGCAGGCGCGCGUGCACGGUCGCGUCGGCUGGUUCCCCAGCAACUAUGUGGCCGAGGAGACGCCUGAAAACGGCCCCGCACUGCCGAAUCUGCCCCCAAACAUGGCACAGCCGGCGGGAGGUCUGCGGCCAAACCAGACACUGGCCGCUGGCGGCAAGCAGCCCGAGUUUGACGACGUCGAGCCCGCACUAUACUCUGCCACUGUCAAGUUUGCCUACAAGAAGAGCGCGACGGACGAGCUCGACCUCGAGCCUGGCGACAUUGUGGAUAUUCUCGAUAACGCGGACGCCUCGUGGUUUACCGCACGGAGUCGCCGCACAAACGAAACUGGCGUCAUCCCUUCCAAUUAUGUUGAAACUAUUCCCAACUCGCACCGUGGACAAGUCCCCGUGGCUUCUGCUCACGACGUGGGUGGCGCCCCAAAGUUCCCUCCGGCAAACCUGCCGCCAAAGCCCAUGAACGGCGGCGGCGUCGGCGCUGGUGGCUUUGGCUCAAACCAACAGCGCGCCAACAACAACACCAACACUGCCGGUCGCGUGGUCGAGGACCAGUCGUGGUUCCACGGGCCCCUCUCGCGCCGCGACACGGAGGCGCUCAUGCUCGGCCGGUCCCGCCACGGCGACUUUUUGUUGCGUGCCAGCGAGACCAAGUCAGGCGACUAUUCCGUGUCGCUCCGCGUGUACGACAUGGUCAAGCACUUCCGCAUCAUGUUUGAAAACAACCGGUACAAGAUUGGACCUCGCGAGUUUUCCAACCUCUUUGAGCUGGUGGAUCACUACAAGGAGCACCCCAUUUUCACCACUCCCGAGGGCGAGCGUAUUCUUCUUGUGACGCCCUUCCCGGUUUCUUAA